ACCAGUGAAGAACAAUUCAGCAAAGCUCUCUCUCUGGCGGAGCUGGUGGCAGUUGUGAGUGACGAAGGGUGCAUGGAAACUGGUCUGUACAACUAAGUAUUGGGUCUUAUCAGUGACAAUGGCAACGGUGGCAGUGGCACCACGUGUCCCAUUGGUUAUCUCAAAUAAUCGCAUCCGCCAAAGUCAUAAAUGUAGUUGGGUAGGAGUUCCAGAAAAUUCGACCCUUUCUUUUCAAUCCACUUCAUUUUCUGCUGCAUCCUUGUUUAUCCAGAGAAGGGCGAGAAGGGGUUUUGGGAGCGCAGGAGUUGUCACGAAGGCGAUGGCGGAUUCGGGUGCAAGUACAGUCCUUGUUACUGGAGCUGGUGGUAGAACUGGUAAACUGGUUUAUGAGAAGUUAAAGGAGACGUCAGACCAGUUUGUGGCUAGGGGUCUGGUUAGGAGUGAAGAGAGCAAACAGAGCAUUGGUGGAGCAGAUGAUAUUUAUAUUGGAGAUAUAAGGGAUGCUGACAGCAUUCUACCUGCAAUCCAAGGGAUCGAUGCUCUCGUUAUCCUUACAAGUGCUGUGCCUAAGAUGAAACCUGGAUUCGAUCCAACUAAAGGUGGGAGGCCUGAGUUCUAUUUUGAAGACGGGUCAUAUCCUGAACAGGUUGAUUGGAUUGGACAGAAAAACCAAAUAGAUGCUGCUAAGGCUGCGGGAGUGAAGCAGAUUGUGUUGGUUGGGUCUAUGGGUGGAACGGAUCUUAACAAUCCCCUGAACAAAUUGGGUGAUGGCAAUAUAUUGGUUUGGAAGAGGAAGGCUGAGCAGUAUUUGGCUGACUCCGGAAUUCCAUACACAAUCAUAAGGGCCGGAGGCUUGCAAGACAAAGAAGGCGGCAUCCGUGAACUACUUAUAGGGAAGGAUGACGAGCUUCUUAAGACCGAAACAAGAACCAUUGCUAGACCUGAUGUAGCAGAAGUCUGCAUUCAGGCACUGCAGUUCGAGGAGGCCAAGUUUAAGGCAUUUGAUUUAGCCUCAAAGCCGGAGGGAACUGGGACACCGACCAAGGAUUUUAAGGCUUUGUUUUCCCAGAUCACAACCCGAUUUUGAUCUUUGGCUAAUAUCUGUAAUGCCAAAGAGAACAUCUUCCCUUGUGAGUUUUGUUUUGUUUGUACUGGGAAACAAAACAGCAGAAAAGGAACUAGCAUGUGUGUGCAGUUUGAACAAUUUUAAUAUGUAAUAAAGGGAUCAAGGAAUUAGCGUA